AUGCAGGGCGACCUGUACCUGGAAGACGACGCUUACUUCCAGGAAUUGCUUGCGGGGUAUAAGGAGCUUGUCCCGGCUGGUACAGAGCCUACUGUGCCACUCGCAAAGCAGCUGAGAGAGCAAAUGCGGAUACGGGCUGUGCAACUUGCCGUGGACACACUGAAGCUUCGUGGCGCUGAGGAGCGGGCUGCGGCGCGGGUGGCGUCACGUUACCCCUUCGUUGAUCCGUCGCCGCUGGGUGUUGCCCUGUGGAGUGUCCCUGUGGAGGCCGACGACGAGUUUUGCACGCUCCUGCGGAGCCGAGAGGAAGCGCUUGGGAAGCAGGUGGAGUCGGUUCGCGUGGCGGAAGCUGCGCUGAACGCCCGUGCGCAGGCGAUAGCGAAAGCGGUGCUCGAGCAGGAGGAGAGUCUGGCUGUGGCGCUCCCUUUUUUGGGGAGGAGCGUGAAGGGGGUCCCUCUGCGGGAGUUGGCCCUGAUGUCCGAUCCCGGCUUUGCGGUGUUGGCGGAGCAGCAUGCGCAGGCAUCUUCUGGUGAUGCGGCGGAGCGUUCGCGCCUCGAGCAGGACAUUUUGGAUCAGGCGGGGCGUGUAGCACGUGAGGUACGGGUGGCGCGGCGGCUUGACGCUGUGCGCGGCGAGGACCUGCUUGAGCGGUACCCGUUUCUCCCGGAGGAGCCGGUGCGUGGUGUUCUGCUUGGCGACAUGCGUCCGGUGCAGCAGCCGGCGUUCCGUGAGCUCUCCAACAGGCUGGACGAGCUGCGCCGGGAUCCGUCACGCAAUGCGGCAGCGAUUCGCGCGAUGGAAGAGCAGAUGACCGCGCUGGUGGUGCGGCUGGCCGAGGAGCGCGCGGAGGCGGCGAAGAAUACGCAGGAGCAGUUCCCGUUCCUCCCACGACAUGUGCUAGGCGUGCGCCUCGACGAGCUUCCGUUGCACGAGGAUGAUGCGUUCUCACAGCUGGCACGGCGCCGUACGCGGCAGCUUAAAUACUCAUCGAAUGUGAAAGAUGUUCAGCACACGGAAGAGGAGAUGGCGAAGCGCGUGGAGGAGCUGGCCCUCACAGCGAAGCUCGUGAAGGCACACCGUAUGAGAGCGAAUGAGCAUGUGCGCGCCCGCAACCCGUUUCUUGUGUACGAGGACCGCAAGUGUGUCCCCUUGAGUGAGAUACCGCUUGCCGGCGACGUCAUGUACCAGGGCUUGUUUCGGGAGCAUCUGGCUGCGCUGACAGACGCUGAGACAAAUGCGGCGCAAAUAGCGGGGCUGGAAGGCGCGCUUCGGUCGCGUGCAGAUGAGCUGGCGCUGGGCGAGUGCGAGAAGGAGUUGCAGUUGGCAAUGUACCCAUUUCUUGCAACCCACGAUGUCCCUGGCUGGUCCGACGCGCUACUGCGUGACGCGGAGUUUCAGCAGCUGCGUAACCGUUACGACGAACUGAGCAAAGACCCGCAGGGGAACGCUGAGGCACUCCGCGAGCUGGAGGAUGCAAUGGAUGCUCGAGGUAGAGCCGUGGCGGAGGCGUUGCACGCAGCUGAGGCGAGUGAGGCAGCCGAGCAUAUGCGGCAGCAGACGCUACACCCGACGGACCCUGGUAUCUCCGCAGGCCCUGUGGCACGUGCGGAAGUGCUGGCAGAUGCCGUGCAGGAGGGUGCGAUCCCCUCUAAUGGCACUCUGCGGGAGUUGGAGGGCACUGCCAGGAGUGACCAGAGGCGCUCUCGGUCAUCCGUCUCAGAUGCGACUCGCGUUGAUGAGGUGGGUGGUGAGGCCUCUGGGAAGUGCUAUGACUUCCUGUCGGAUGUGAUCAACGGAGUUAUGCAGGGCGACCUGUACCUGGAAGACGACGCUUACUUCCAGGAAUU